AUGUGCUCUUCUUCUACUACUACUACGGGCACUUCUUCCUUCCCAUUCCACCGCAUCACCGUCACUCCCUCACUCCUACUCUUACGACGCCGUAAUCUCCCAAUUCUAAGACCCAAAAACCCUAAUAAACUCCUCCGCCUCUCUGCUUCAAUCACCGACUCACACCUCCACCUCUCCUGGUCCUCUCCUCCACCUCCCACUGAUGAUGACUUCAAAGGCUGGGAUUUUCUCGAAUCCUCUCCACAAAACAACAAGAAAGGGUUACCGAAAAUUGUAAUUUCUGGGAUUGGGAUCUGUGUUGUUGCUCUGUUAACUGCCAUUGCAUAUUUCUCCCUCUCUAGAAAAGGAUUCAAGUUCCGGUUUCGUAUUCCAAGCUCAAUUGAGACCACAGUAACUGAUAAAACUGAAACUAAUGUGUUUGACGAAGAUACUGCUGCUGUGUCUGAGGCAGCCUUGGAUGGUAUAUCUGAUACUACCGGCUUAAUUCUCCCUGAAGAGCCCACAGAGAAGCCUGAAUGUGUAAAAGUGUCGGUUGAAGUGGAUUCUAACCAACUGGAAGCUCUAUCAGUUUUGAAGAAACUGAAGAUCCUUGAAGAUGAUGUAAAGGCUGAUGAAUUGUGCACUAGGAGGGACUAUGCAAGAUGGUUAGUCCGUCUAAAUUCGUUAUUGGAAAGGAAUCAGAAGCAUAGAAUUGUUCCAUCAAUAUCACUUUCUGGUUCAGUAAUCGCUGCAUUUGAUGAUUUGGGUGUUGAAGAUCCAGAUUUUGAAUCCAUCCAAGCCCUUGCUGAGGCUGGCAUCAUACCCAGCAGGCUGUCAGGGACCAAUUCCUGCCCUGGCAAUUCAGAUGGUGGCUUCUGCUUUUACCCUGACAGGUUUAUUUCUAGGCAGGAUCUGAUCAACUGGAAAGCUCAAUUAGAGUAUGGGUUUUUGCCAGGAAUAUCAGAACAGAUGUCAAGAACAAAAGUAGAUUAUAUGGAUGUAAAGGAGAUAAGCUCAGAUGCAUCACCUGAACUUUUUAACGACAUGUUGGCAGGGGACAAGAGCAUUAUCAGAAAAGUUUUUGGACAGAGCAGGCGGUUUCAGCCAAAUAAACCUUUAACAAAGGCACAGGCAGCAGUCGCUCUGACAAGUGGCAGGAUGUCUGAAGCAGUUUACAGUGAAAUAUUGAGGCUGGAAGUUGAGAUGUCUUUAAGGCAAGCUGCAAUGAAAGAAAUUUGGAAUGAAUUUCUUGAGAGAGGAGAUAUAAAAAGGUUUUGGGAUGAGAAGAUGAAUGAAGAAAGGAUACGAGGUUUUGAGGUUGAGAAGCUUUAUAUUGCCAAUUUACAUGAAUUGGAAGAGGAGAAAAUUGUACAAGUGAAAACUUACGAAGAGUGUUUGAAGGAGCAGGCAGCUAUGAAUUGUCAGAGGCAACUGCUUCUCCGUCUCAAGGAAGAGGUUGAUGAGAUGUCAGAAAGUCUUGCAUCUGAGAGGUCUGUGUAUCUAGCUGAGCGGUGUAAUCUGCAGGAAUUGCUUAGUGAAUUACAGUUGGAGCAGGAAAGGAUGCUUGAUACAAAAUCUAUACUGGAAGCUGAAAUUGAAGCUCUUCGAAUCCUCAGCUCACUUCUCAGUGCUCAGGUGGUGCAAGACUUCUUCGCGUUGUCGAUUUACCCCAAGCAUGCCCACUAUAAGAAAGUGCUGGCACCAAGUGAUUAA